UUUUUUUUCCUUUUUAACACACCAAAAACUUUGAAAUAAAACAUAAAUGUAGAAUGCCAUUUUACAGAAUUUAUCCCUGCUUUAAAAAAUUUGUGUUUUUGGAUCUUAAACAGGAAGCAAUUGUGAAUCAUGCUUGUAAUAUUGUGUAAGAAUAAAAAUUUGCUUCUUCAUGCCUGACUAUUUUUCUUCUCCCUGUUUUUUAACUUUUUCUUUAAUAUUUCAUUUUUCCCAGCUAUAUUUAUUUUUAUUUUAUAUAAAUUUUGGAUUCUAUUGUGCUAUAUAUAUAUAUAUAUAUAUAUAUAUGGGUGCAUCUCCUUCGCCGUCCCAGAGCGAUCACACUAUGAGUUCUCAUCCACUCCUGAUGCUGAUCUUAAUUGUUUUCCUUCCAUCUUUCUUGCUUCUCCUGUCUAUCAAAUAUGGAAAGCAGUCACUACAAGCAAAGAGGCUUCCUCCAGGUCCAAGGAGGCUCCCUCUUGUAGGAAACUUGCACCAGCUAAUGAAUCCAAUCCAUAGAUCACUGCAGCACCUAGCAAAAGAAUAUGGCCCUAUUAUGUUCUUGCAACUUGGAUCAAUACCCACUAUAAUAAUUUCCUCAGCUGAUAUGGUGAGAGAAAUCUUCAAAAAACAUGACCUUGUGUUUUCAGGCAGGCCAAUAUUAUACUCUGCCAAGAAAUUUAGUUAUAACUGUUCUGGCUUGUCCUCAGCCCCCUACGGUGAGAAAUGGAGGGAGAUGAGAAAAAUUGUAAUUGUAGAAUUGCUAAGUGCAAAGAGAGUCCAAUCCUUCCAGGCAGUACGGGAAGAAGAAGUGAGCCUGAUGCUUGAUUCUGUAGCUUGCUCUUCGGUUCCGAUUAAUCUAAGCGACUUGUCAGUUGUCCUGUCAAAUAAUGUUAUAUGUCGUGUAGCUUUGGGUAGAAAAUGCGACGGUAGAUUUAUUGGCGAAAGUGGUGGACUUAAUGACUUGCUUCGUGAAGCACAACAGUUACUUGGAGGAUUUUGCAUUGCAGACUUCUUUCCAUGGAUGGGGUGGCUCUGCAAGUUCAAUGGCCUAGAAGCAAGGGUGGAGAAGAAUUUCAAGGAAUUUGACAAGCUCUAUGAUAAACUAUUACAGGAACAUCUCGAUCCGAGGAGGCCUAAACCUGAGCAUGAGGAUCUUGUUGAUGUAUUGCUUCGACUUCAGAAGGAUCCAAAUCGAGAAGUUGAACUCAGCGACGAUUCUAUCAAGAGUGCCCUGAUGGACAUGUUCAUAGCGGGGACGGAUACUUCCUCAGCCACAUUAGUUUGGACGAUGACCGAAUUGAUAAGGAAUCCAUAUGCAAUGAGAAGAGUCCAAGAAGAGGUAAGAAGAGUUAGUAAGGGAAAAGAGAUGGUGCAAGAAAGCGAUCUUCCUCAACUUGUGUACCUGAAGUCCGUAGUGAAAGAGUCAUUGAGAGUCCAUCCACCAGCACCAUUAUUAGUUCCAAGAGAAACUAUAGAGGAUUGCAAAAUUGGAGAUUAUGAAAUCCCAGCAAGAACUAGGGUAUAUAUUAGUGCAUCAUCAAUAUCCAUGGACCCUAAAUCAUGGAAAAAUCCAGAGGAGUUUCGACCCGAGAGAUUCCUGCAUAGCUCAAUUGAUUUCAGUGGACAACACUACGAAUUAAUACCAUUUGGGUUUGGGCGUAGAGGGUGUCCUGGAAUGAAUUUCAGUAUUGUUUUAAUUGAGCUUGCACUUGCUAAUCUCUUGCAUCGCUACAAUUGGGAACUGCCUCAGGGUGUUACAAGGGAAGAUUUAGAUAUGGAGGAAGCAUUUGGCAUUACAAUGCACAAGAAAACUCCUCUGUUUGUUGUGGCUAGCCCAGUACAAUAUUGUGCAGGUCAUUAAGAACUUGAGCAUUAUUGCAUUGAAAGAAAAAAAAAAAGUAGAUUCUGCCUGUUAUUUGUAAAACAAAUUAAUUAAAUAAAUAUAUCAAAAGAAAUUACUCAUUA